AUGAAGACAACAUUUAUAUUAUUUAUUAUAUCAGCCAUCAUCUAUAAUAUUUAUUGUCAACAAACAUUAGUUGAUGUUUCAACACAAGCACUUUGUACUCAAUCAGCUAUACAAAAUCCAAGUGGUGAAAAUCGAUGGGCACAAGCUGGUCUCGAUACAAAUGUUGAUAUAGCCUUAAAAUGUGGAGAUAUCAUUGCAUUUAAAAUAGAAUCGUUUCCAGUUGGCAGUGGAAAAUGGACUGAUUGGUAUGUUGUUGGUGUCAAUGAUAUUGAUACAAAAACUGAUGGAUCAUCACUUACAGUAAAACGUAUGUGGAGUUAUUUUGCUGAUCAUCGUCAUCAAUAUAUCAUAUGUACUCAAAAUAAAUUCAAAGGUUGUGCCUGUUAA